CGAUCAAUAGAGCACGCAGAGGUUUCAUCCAACACAACAGCGGAGCUCCUCAAGAUGAGCGCGAGCGUGGGCUACCGUCGCCGCGAUGCGAACGCCUCGGACGCGAUCGCGGCUAUCAUGCACCCGGAUGAAGGUUUCCGCGAGAAGCAGCAGCGGAGAGGAGUGAGACCCAAGGAUUUCGAGCGCGAAAACAAACUGCGCGUCAAGAAAUUGCAGCAAGAGAAUCGAGAGCGUCGGAGGCGAGAGGAAGCCCAGCAACAGCAGGAUUUUAAGCUUACGAGGUUCAAAAGCGUGCGUCCGCGAGUGUUUCAAGAGGAUGAGUCAACCAACGGAGAGCAGGUUAAAAAGCAUGAUUUUUUGCGUCGUGGUGGGCGACCUUCAUCUUCAUCAUCACGAACAUCUUCAGCACCUCGAAGUGAGGCUGGGUCCAUAUCUAGCUUCCCGUCUCCAUCACACUCGACGACAAGUAGUGACAGUAGACGUAAUAUCCACCGCAAGGCACCAGUCCCGUCAUUGAGGGAACUGGAGCAGAGAGAGCAGGAGCUAGCGAAAAUGACCAAGAAGGAAAGCGUAGAUUUUGUCAAUGCUAACGCGUGGGAAGUUAUCAAGAAGGCGCCACCCGUCCACAUCGAGGAGCAGGCUCCUCGUCCUGUAAACCCCAACUACGGUCGCAUUCCGCGGUAUUUACUAGAACGCAAGGAGCAAUGGGCACAAGAAGAGGAAGAACGGCGUAAGAAUGCACCGGACCCAGACUGCCCUCCAGGGAUGGUGCUACUCGACGAAGGUGAGCGCGUGCGUACACUGAACGUGCUGCGAAAAUCGCUGACAGAGGCGCAACUACGCAUGAACUCGCUGCCUCUGCGUAUCGAGACUUUCAAUCAAAUCCGACGGAAGAACGAACUGGAGACGAAACUACAGGAGAUCGAGGACGCCAUCAAAGUGUUUGAUCGUGCAAAAGUCUACGUCGCCGCGCCACUCUCAAGUGAUCCAGAAAAGAACCGUGAGCGCACGGCGAGUACGGCUGCAUAACCUUCAGUCCAGAACUAACGUGUACUUGCUUUGAAUAGCUUACUUAGCUCAUAGAGGCGAGGAAAGCCUCCACGUCCUCUGUAUCAAGUUCGUUGAACUCUUCCUCGCUAAUCACUGGCUGCUUCUUUGACUUGCGCUUGAGGUUGUAGCGGUGCCAUUCGGACCGG